GUAAUUUUUUGAUAUUUAUUCACUAGUUUCGAUACCAAAUAUUUUAAUUUAUGAAACUGCAAAUUAAACAAAAACCAAUGCAAAAAUGGCAAAUACAGGAUUACUGCCAUUCGUACGUGGAGUCGACUUUACAUGCAACGACUUUAGCGAAGGCAAAUUUCCAGAUGCUAUUCGAUACAUGACCGGUCUGCAAUGGCUUCGAUUGGAUAAAACAAAUAUAGCUGAUAUUCCAGAGGAAUUAGGAAAACUUCUAAAAUUGGAAAAUUUGUCUCUCAAGAAAAAUCAAUUAGAAAAGCUCUUUGGAGAAUUAACAGAGUUGAAAUGUUUACGUUCAUUAAAUGUGAGACACAAUAAAGUUAAAAGUUCAGGUAUCCCUGCUGAGCUGUUUCAAUUAGAAGAGUUGACCACUCUUGAUCUAUCUCAUAACAGAUUGAAGGAAGUUCCUGAAGGCUUAGAAAAAGCUAAAUCUCUACUUGUAUUAAAUCUUAGUAACAACAAGAUAGAGAGUAUACCGCCUACACUUUUUGUUCAGUUAACAGAUCUAUUGUUUCUGGAUUUAUCUAACAACCUUUUGGAGACAUUGCCCCCUCAGACUAGAAGACUGGUGAAUCUGCAGACUCUUAUACUUAAUGAUAAUCCCCUAGGGCUAUUCCAGUUGAGACAGUUGCCAUCGCUGCAAAGCUUGGAAACACUUCACAUGAGAAACACACAGAGGACUGUUGCGAAUCUCCCAACAUCACUGGAUACACUAUGCAAUCUAUCUGAUGUAGAUCUGUCCAAAAAUGCAUUAACAAAAGUGCCAGAUGCACUCUAUUCUCUACAGAAUUUAAAAAGACUAAAUCUUAGCGACAAUGAGAUCAGUGAGAUAUCAUCAGCAAUGGAUAUAUGGCAAAAACUAGAAAGUCUCAAUUUAUCUCGCAAUAAACUAACGGCAUUACCAGCCUCACUUUGCAAGUUACAAAACCUUCGGAGACUACAUGUGGAUGACAAUAAGUUAGACUUUGAAGGUAUACCAUCCGGUAUUGGAAAGCUAGGAGCCUUAGAGGUGUUCUCAGCUGCAAAUAACUUACUUGAAAUGAUACCAGAAGGUCUUUGCAGGUGUGGGUCUUUAAAAAAAUUGAACCUGAGCUGUAACAAGCUAAUCACUCUACCUGAUGCAAUCCAUCUGUUAUCUGACUUGGAGAGCUUACAAUUACAUGGCAACCCUGACUUGGUCAUGCCCCCGAAGCCGGUUGAAAGAGCCAAAGGAUCUGGACUCCAGUACUAUAAUGUGGACUUCUCUUUGCAAACGCAACUGCAGUUGGCUGGAGCCGCUACACCUGAGAUGAGUGCACCGAAUUCCGGUACCAAAUCGGAUCCAAUAGCCCGCAAGCUUCGCCUCCGUCGUGGCCGAGCUGAACCAGAGCAGAAGGACUCGGCUCUCAUACUGCGUGGUAUGCAAGAGCAGGCUAACACUCAACACGCCAACGAGCUGAGCGAACAACCUAAUAGUGAACUCAAACCAAAAAGAUGGGAUGAAAGUCUGGAGAAGCCGCCGCUGGAUUACUCCGAAUUCUUCGAUGAAGACACGGGCCAGACGCCAGGUCUUCAAGUUUGGGAAAUCGAAAACUUCAUACCAGCACCUGUUGAUGAAGUAGCACAUGGGAAGUUCUUUGAAGGCGACUGCUAUAUAAUUCUAAAGACGUCUAUAGAAGAGCAGGGUCAGCUGUCUUGGGACAUACAUUUCUGGAUUGGUUCUAAGGCCACACUGGAUAAAGGCGCGUGCGCAGCAAUGCAUGCAGUGAAUCUGCGAAACUUUCUCGGCGCGAAACGAACACAGCGUCACGAACAAGCCGAUGAAACUCCUGAAUUCCUUGCUCUGUUCCCGUUGCCUCCUGUUUAUAUCAAUGGGAGUCGAACGCCAUCCGGAUUCUUUACUGUCGACGACCCCCAUUACGUGACUCGUCUCUACCGGGUUCAUGGCGCUGGAAGUAGUAUACACUUAGAGCCGGUACCUGUGGAAGCAGAUUCUCUUGAUCCCAGAUACGUGUUCGUUCUGGAUACUGGAUUAAUCAUAUAUCUGUGGAUCGGAAAGAAAGCGAAAAACACCUUAAAGUCGAAAGGUCGCCUAUUCGCAGAAAAGAUAAAUAAAGAAGAGAGGAAGAAUAAGGCAGAAUUAAUAACAGAACCUCCUGGAAAAGAGCCUAAAGGGUUUUGGGAGGCUUUAGGCUAUCAGGGAGACCUACCUUUCGUUCCCCAGGAACAUGUGCCUGAAGAUUUCACAUGGCUAGCCCCUCGCUUAUACCGCGUGGAACUGGGUAUGGGCUACUUGGAACUGCCACAAACGGAGCAAGCAGUCGCUCGUUCGGUGUUGGCUACGAAGAACGUGUACAUAUUGGACGCGCAUCUUGAUGUGUUUGUAUGGUUCGGCAAGAAAUCAUCUCGGCUGGUCCGAGCUGCUGCCGUGAAGUUAGCUCAGGAAUUGUUCAAUAUGGUCAAGAGACCACCGCACGCGCUCGUCACAAGACUUCAGGAAGGCACUGAGACCCAGGUUUUCAAAACAUACUUCCUGGGUUGGGAGGAAGUAAUAGCCGUGGACUUCACUCGUACAGCGGAGUCUGUUGCAAGAACCGGUGCUGAUCUUACUACUUGGGCCAGGAAUCAGGAGACGAAGACGGACUUAUCGGCACUUUUCACGCCACGGCAACCAGCAAUGUCUCCUAUAGAAGCCAAAACACUAGCUGACGAAUGGAACGAAGAUUUAGAAGCGAUGGAGGCAUUCGUUUUGGAGGGUAGACAUUUUGUGAGACUACCCGACCAGGAACUCGGAGUUUUUCACAGCCAGGACUGUUAUGUAUUCCUAUGUAGAUAUAUUUUGCCGGUGGAUGAUGAGAAUGAAGAUAUGGAUGACAAUGAGGCUGAUGCUGAUGCUUCAUGGGUGGUGUAUUUCUGGCAAGGUAGAAAAGCCCCAAACAUGGGUUGGUUGACAUUCACAUUCGGUCUGGAAAGAAAAUUCAAACAGCUCUGCAAACGGCUGGAUGUGGUCAGAACACAUCAGCAACAGGAAAGCCUUAAAUUCAUGGCGCAUUUCAAGAGGCGGUUCAUCAUCAGGGAUGGCAAGAGGAAUGUUAAGCCGGAGGGCCGUCAGCCAGUGGAGUUGUUCGAGUUACGAAGUAACGGGUCGGCGCUCUGCACACGACUUAUCCAAGUCAAGGCAGACCCUACACAACUCAAUUCCGCUUUUUGCUACAUCCUAAACGUGCCGCUAGAAGGUGGAAACGACACGUCCUCUGCGAUCGUAUACGCUUGGAUUGGGAGUAAGAGCGACGCAGAUUCUGCCAGGCUCAUCGAACAAAUCGCUGAGGAGAAAUUCAAUAACCCCUGGGUUAGCUUGCAGGUGUUGACGGAGGGUAGUGAGCCAGACAACUUCUUUUGGGUGGCUUUGGGCGGAAGGAAACCGUACGAAACGGACGCAGACUUCCUCAACUUUACACGAUUAUUCCGCUGUUCCAAUGAGAAAGGAUAUUUCACUGUAUCUGAGAAAUGUACUGAUUUCUGUCAGGAUGACCUUGCUGAUGAUGAUAUAAUGAUUCUAGACAACGGAGAACAAGUGUUCCUUUGGCUUGGAGCCAAGUGCUCAGAGGUUGAGAUUAAGCUUGCUUAUAAAAGUGCUCAGGUAUACAUUCAGCAUAUGAAGACAGUACAGCCUGAACGAGCAAGAAAACUAUUCCUUACACUGAAAGACAAAGAGUCACGUAGAUUCACCAAGUGUUUCCACGGCUGGGGGGAGCACAAGAGACCACCAGAGUAAAAAGAUGUAUUUAUAAAAUGUUUUAAUCAAUUAGUUCUAAAAGAUAUAUUAAUGCAGUAUUACAGAUUACAUGUAUCAUCUGAAAUAAUUUCAUAUCAAAACAGCUAUUAUACUGCCAUACUUUAAACCACUAUAUUAUUAGAUUGUUUCCGAGAAAGUGAAACUAUCUGAUGUAAAUAACAAAAGCAUUAUAAACACACUUAUUUUGAACAUGCAAAUAAAAGACUGAUCUAUGCCAUCUCAUCUUUAUUUGUCACUUUUACUUAUAAAAUUAAGCACAAGUAAUUAUAUCUUUAAGUAAACAUAAUUUGCAAUACAAAUAUAAUUUAUUAAUAAAAUGAUUGACUAGCUUAUGUUACAGACAGUUACGAUAGGCCCUUUAAAGAACAAUCUUACAAUAAGAACUAUUACUAUUGUAAAUAUACAAAUAUUUUGUCAAGUAGAACUAAGUGUAUAUAAUGUGUGUGUGAUGCUUUGUAACAUACUGAAUAUAAUUUUGCUAAAAUUGUGUUAAAAGCACAAAUAUAUUUUAUAAACCUUUGUAACCAUCUGAAUAAAUGACAUAACAAUGAGAAAAA